GCCGGAGCCGCCAUUGUUCCGCCGAAGGAGGACGGCGGGGUCCGCCGCUGGCGCCCAGACGCCGCUUAGCGGCCGCCACUGGAGGCACUCCCCCUCGCAUCGCCCCCUCCCUCUCCCCCCUCCUCCUGGUGGCGGCGGAGUGAGGCUGAUUAGGGGGAACCUGGGAGCCCCCUCGGCCCUCCCCGCGGUGACAGCGGCCGAUCCCCGGCUCCGGCGCGUGGGGCGGCCGCGAUGCACUCGGCUUGAGGCUGCCCGGCCCGGUCCUUCCUCGCUUUCCUUGACUAUUCCACGGCGUGUCUGCGCCCCAGCGUCAUCCUGCGAGUCCCUCUGACGGGAGGGAAGAUGGCUGCACGGAGCUGGCAGGACGAGCUGGCCCAGCAGGCCGAGGAGGGCUCGGCCCGGCUGAGGGAAAUGCUCUCGGUCGGCCUAGGCUUUCUGCGUACGGAGCUGGGCCUCGACCUGGGGCUGGAGCCGAAGCGGUACCCGGGCUGGGUGAUCCUGGUGGGCACGGGCGCGCUCGGGCUGCUGCUGCUCUUCCUGCUGGUCUACGGCUGGGCCGCGGCUUGCGCCGGCGCCCGCAAAAAACGGAGGAGCCCGCCCCGCAAGCGGGAGGAGGCGGCGGCCGCGCCGGCCCCGGCCCCUGACGACCUAGCCCUGCUGAAGAAUCUGAGAAGCGAGGAGCAGAAGAGGAAGAACCGGAAGAAGCUGCCGGAGAAACCCAAACCAAAUGGACGGACUGUUGAAGUGGCUGAGGAUGAAGUUGUCCGAACUCCUCGAAGUACAACAGCAAAGCAGCCACCAGAGACAGACAAGAAAAAUGAAAAAUCAAAGAAAAAUAAGAAGAAAUCAAAGUCAGAUGCUAAAGCAGUGCAAAACAGUUCACGCCAUGAUGGAAAGGAAGUUGAUGAAGGAGCCUGGGAAACUAAAAUUAGUCACAGAGAGAAACGACAGCAGCGUAAACGUGAUAAGGUGCUGACUGAUUCUGGUUCAUUGGAUUCAACUAUCCCUGGGAUAGAAAAUACCAUCACAGUUACCACCGAGCAACUUACAACUGCAUCAUUUCCUGUUGGUUCCAAGAAGAAUAAAGGUGAUUCUCAACUAAAUGUUCAAGUUAGCAACUUUAAGUCUGGAAAAGGAGAUUCUACACUUCAGGUUUCUUCAGGAUUGAAUGAAAACCUCACUGUCAAUGGAGGAGGCUGGAAUGAAAAGUCUAUAAAACUCUCCUCACAGAUCAAUGCAGGUGAGGAGAAGUGGAACUCUGUUUCACCUGCUUCUGCAGGCAAGCGGAAAACUGAGCCAUCUGCUUGGAGUCAAGACACUGGAGAUGCUAAUGCAAAUGGAAAAGACUGGGGAAGGAGUUGGAGUGACCGUUCAAUAUUUUCUGGCAUUGGGUCUACCGCUGAGCCAGUUUCUCAGUCUACCACUUCUGAUUAUCAGUGGGAUGUUAGCCGUAAUCAACCGUAUAUCGAUGAUGAAUGGUCUGGGUUAAACGGUUUGUCUUCUGCUGAUCCCAGUUCUGAUUGGAAUGCACCAGCAGAAGAGUGGGGAAAUUGGGUAGAUGAAGAAAGAGCUUCACUCCUAAAGUCCCGGGAACCAGUUGCUGAUGAUCAAAAGGUUUCAGAUGAUGAUAAAGAAAAGGGAGAAGGAACUCUUCCAACUGGGAAAUCUAAAAAGAAAAAAAAGAAAAAGAAGAAGCAAGGUGAAGAUAACCCUCUUGGACAGGACACAGAAGAAUUAGAAAAAGAGAUUAGAGAAGAGCUUCCAGUGAAUACCUCUAAAGCCCGUCCAAAACAGGAAAAAACUUUUUCCUUGAAGACCAUAAGCACUAGUGAUCCAGCUGAAGUACUUGUCAAAAAUAGCCAGCCUAUCAAGACUCUUCCACCUGCUAUUUCUACCGAGCCAUCUGUCAUCUUAUCAAAAAGUGAUUCUGACAAGAGUUCUUCCCAAGUGCCACCAAUGCUACAAGAGACAGAUAAAUCCAAGUCAAAUACCAAGCAAAAUAGUGUGCCUCCUUCACAGACCAAGUCUGAAACUAGCUGGGAAUCUCCCAAACAAAUAAAAAAGAAGAAAAAAGCCAGACGGGAAACGUGAAUUUUUUUUUCCUGAAUUGGACAUGUGUUUGCAAACACUGUCUUGAAGAUUAUGCUGUUUAUGCAAUAAUUUGUGAACAUGUACAGAGUUUUAUAUAAAAUUAAACCAAUUUUUAAAACUGUGAACACAACCACCAUAAAAAUGGAAUCAAAGGAGAGUUAAUUUAUGAAUUUAAGAGGUCAGCAGAACAUACUACAGUGCUAGAAGACACUUGGGAAAGUCUUUUUAAUUGAAUGAGAAUGAUCUUAAUUUAAGAAUAUUAUCCUGGUUUUUCAACAGUGCCCUGUUUACAACAGAUUGUGCCCUAUCUCAUCUGCAGCUGAGGAAUAAAGGAUUCUGAUUAAACAGAGGGUUGCCUACAAAUUAGUGGGCAACUCCUUGGAUCUUAUGCACGGAACUUGUACCAUUUGAAUCUGUUUUAUGCUUAAAUCAAAGUGCUUUGAUCAAAUGCAUAAUCUGCCAUAACUUUACAUAUUUGUUGGUAGCAAUUUGUAUUAAAGGAAUCAUAAGUGCACAUAAGUCAUUUAUCAUUUAACUAAACUGUCAUGGUUUAGUUUACAGUUUUUUUAAAGUUCUUAAUUAAAACAUUGAAAAUGCAGUUGACAGUUGUAUGGCUUAUGAAGUUAUUUUUGAUAGUCUUACAUUACUUGAAUUGUUCAAAGUACAGUAUAUUUUAAAGUAAGAAAGGUAAACUAUAUGUAUUUGUUUUAUACAUUUAAGGUUCAGACUCACAAAAUAAUGCUCUUGGUUAUGAUUUGAACACUUUCAGGCAAAAUCCAACUUAAAUUUUUCUUUUCCCUAGCAAUCACUUUUAUCCAGUGUCACCUCUUCUUAGUUACUAACACUUUUUCGACUUUAAGAAUAAAAUCAUUCACAAACUAAGUAUAUGAUGGAGAAUGAAAAACUAGAGUCAGACAGCUUUAAUUGACAUUGUCAAGACCUCCAGUUAUCAGGAAUACAUUUUUUUACUGCCUUAACCUGUAGUGCGUAGAAUAUGCAUCAAUUUCUUGAAGGGGAUUCAUGUUUUUAUAAGAAUUUUCAUGUAAUUAUUGCAAUUGUGGUCAAAUAAGGAACGUUUCCUGCUUGAAACUGUAUUGAUUUAAAUGAUGUGUGAGAUGUUUUAUCAUUUUCAGGCACUGUGUAAUUCUAUUGUAAUAAACUGGCAGGUAUCUUUGUAACUAUAAAUAGUGCAUGCUCAGCCAUGUACACUGUAAAUAGCCUUUACCAAACGUGUUUGACAAGGACCAUAAUUAACAUCACGUAGUGAAUUGUGAUAAAAAAAAAAGCCAUGAUUUAUUUGAUGUGAUUGGCUUAAUUGUUUUUAUGUGGAGCCAAGAAUGGAACUGUUUAACAGCUGUAACCAAUGGUACUGAUCUAUCCACCCAAUGUUGUCUUUAUUAUAUUUGAUUGUGGUUUGAUAGUAUUGCAUUGUCAGACUAGGGAAGCUAAAGAAACAACAUGAUUUUAGUUUUACUGAAGACUGGCCUUAUUAAUGGACAGCUUUCCUAACAAGUGAUUAUUAACCUUUAUCAGGUUUUCACAUCUGUUUCAGGAACAUGGCAGUAUGUUUACAUGUCAGAAGUUUUGUUCUAUUAUAUGGUAUUUCUAAAUCGAUUUGUUUAAAUAAAUUCAGCAAAUGGAUAGCAUUGUUUUUAUUUGCUUCAACAUGGGGGUAAGUAAUAGCUAAGGAGCCAGGAUGGAUUUUUUCAAGUGGCUUCAUUCUUUUGGCUUUACGUAGGUGUUUCCUUUAGGAUCCGAGGAUUGUCAGCGCUUCGUAAAGAUAUCACAAAGGAGAAUUUGAUAGGGAGUCUAUGGUUUUAGAAUGUGCCAAAAGAUCUGUGCUCAACAGUUUAAUUGAACUCUCUCAACUCUACCUCACCAUUUCCUUUUCUUAGAAUUCUUUUGAUUGUCAAAUAUUGGACUUCAUUUCUCCAGUUUAGUAUCUCCUCAUUUAACCACCCAUGCCAGGUAUUAAAGACACCAUCUUUUGAGCAGAAAUGUAUUGUGAAGAUGGAGAAACAUAUUGCUAAAUUGGGGGAGAUCCAGUAUAGAAACACCUCUGUCCCUUCUUCUCCAACUCAAGAGCUCGGACAUGGAUUUUGUUUUAAGAGAUGGCAAAGCUCAGUUGGUUAGAGCACAGCCUUGUAACACCAAGGUCAAGGGUUUAGAUCCCCGUAAAGGGCAGCCACAAAAAAAGGCAGCUACAUGAGUGAUAAAAUUAAACCAAUUUUUAAAACUGUGAACAUGUGAAUCCCAUUCUUUUUCAUGUUCAUGAGGUGUGAACAUUUUUGCACAAAGUAUUGUUCCUUGCUCUUUAUCUGCUCUAUAACAUCUUUAUGUGACAUAAAUAAGUUUCUGGCAUCUGAACAGAAGAACUGGUUUCCAUUAUCAACUCAGAAGUCAUUAAAAUCUAGGUGGUGAUUCAGGAAGAAGGGGAGAGAGAAAGUGCCUGUUUUCCUAUGGUGGCACGGAUUAGAAACUCCCAGAUCUGCUAGUAGAGAAAUAACCGACCCUUCAGGCUUUGUCAGGCCUGAGAGGAACCUUGUUCCUAUUAACAAGAGGCCUCCUAGAGAAACCACUCAGAAGUCCCCCUAAUCCUGGCCUGUCUCUUUGUACGUAAAAAUCCUUUCCUAUUCUAGAGCAGGGAGGAGUGGUUUAGGGUUUCUACAAACUGGAACCCUGCCUCCUGCCUGUCUAUACCCCGAACUGAGCAGACAAUAGUUGAGAGAGUCCAAAAAAAAGUACUGAAAUAAAAUGUGAUUAAUGUAAUUUACCACAUUUACUUUGUGCAUGCAUUUUUGUUGGGAUGGGGAGUUCGGAAUAAUUCUUCCAAAUCUAGUGGUCUUAUUUCAUAGGCUAAUCUGGUUUAUAUUUGGGUUAAAGAUACUGGAGGGCAAUAUUUAAUUACAGAGUUUAGUUUUUCUUGGUUAAAACAGUCCUCUUAAUAUAGUGUGAAAUAUCUUUCAAAAUUUAGUACUUAGGUUUAAGAUGUCUGAUAGAUGUCUUAAGAUUUUCCUGUAAACUAAUUGCACAAACUGGAAUUACUUUCCAAAAGACUUAGGGAAUGCAAUUAUGUUAUUUGUAAUAUGCAUUGAGUAUUGUAAAUAAAACAAACCAUUUUUGUUUUGUUUAAA